UUGUGUCAUGAUCAUGAGCGAAUCCGAGUUCCCACAAUGCACCUCAUUCAUUUCCUUAUUUUCUUUAACUGCGGCUACGUGGAAUUUGUUAACGCUGAUUUUGAAAUCUGACAGUUUCAGGAACUGUAUCCACCGGACCAUUGCGGUUUCUUAUCCUUAUAUUUUAAAAUACAACGCAGACAGCUUUAUUGUGCUUUUCUGUGAAGCGCGAUAUUUUUUUCUAAUUUGAUCAACCUCAGGCUGUUUAUAUCUGCCAUAACUUAGUUUGAUUAAAAUCACUGUAGGUGUCGCAGGUGGUCUGUGCUUUACUGCACCGGUGUACCUGUUUUAUUCUGGUUUUUUUUUUGUUUUGUUUUGUUUUUUUUGUUUUUUUUGCGUGUGGCAUCUAUUUUCUAUGUGACUUGUAUUUGUUAUUAAUAUAAUAACCAGUCGAGUGCUGAUGGCUGAUGAGAGUGAGUGGAGCCGUUUGGAGUCGGCAGUUAUAAAGAGUUUAAGACACUUCAGAGACAAGUAUUUACAAAGCUCGAGAAAUGACAGGGAAAAUCCGGAACUGCAAGAAACUCACAUCGGGGAAACAGCCACCGGGGGUAACAUUUUAGAAAGUUUACCUGUGGAUAUGCAGUUUUAUAUCAUGUCAUUCCUCUCCCCUCAUGAUCUGUGUCGGUUGGGGAGCACAUGUCUAUACUGGCACACUGUUGUCCGUGACCCUGUGUUGUGGAGAUAUUUUCUACUAAGGGACCUCCCCACUUGGUCUUUCAUCGACCAUAACUCAAUGCCAGACGUGGAGAAAAUAAGCCAACCAUUAGCUGAAUUAGACAACGGCACAAUGCAUGACUACAUGACAGAAUAUUUAAAGAGUUGCCCUGGGUGCAGAAGACGCUUGAAACCUUGCAGGCGAGGCUAUGCUGCUGUUACUUCUUUCUUACAUUCCUUGGUGAUAAACACAGAGCCCCGGUUGGCUAUGUUUGGGCCUGGCUUGGAACAGCUGGAGGUUUCCUUGGUGAGGAAAAUGAUGCAUUCACCAGAUGUGAUACCUGUUGCAGGCUUUCCACAGAGGCAAAUCAAUGGCAUUGGGUCAGGAAUUAGUUUCAUGUUAAAUAACCAGCAGAGAUUUAAUAUUUUAACACUGUACUCAACUACCAGUAAGGAAAGAGAGAGGGCUCGGGUGGAUCAGAACAACGCCCCAAAUAAAAUGUUCCUGCAGGAGGGUGAGGGUGCAGCAGAGUGCCCCACCGCGAGGCACAGGAUCAUCCCACAGGUCCAGGAAGUCUGCAGGGUGGUGGAUGGGUUCAUUUACGUGGCUAAUGCUGAAACUGACAGGAGUCAUGAACGUGAAGAGGAAUUUGCACAGAUCCAGGCAAUGACUGCCUCUGACUUGGGCUCUUCAAACCGCCCUGUGUUGGUGUUGUCAUGUGUUUCAAGGGCAGGAACCCGGAGAAUACCAUGCAUUUAUAUGGCACACGAGCUGCACUUAAAUCGAUUGACCAGACCUUGGUUGGUUCAGGACGCUGAAGCAGAAACGCUAAAUGGACUUUUAAAUGGAAUUGAAUGGAUUUUGGAGGAAUCUGGAAUAAAUGUAUAAAAGCAAUGAAGGCUUCUUAAGAGGAACACAAAGUAUAUCUUGUUUAACAGUUCAAUUUGUAUAUAGUUUAUUUAGUAUAAGCAAAGGUUUGCCCGGGUCACCCAGAAUCAUGACAAGCCAAUGGAAAUUCUAUAUUCUCUGGUCACAACAGGGGCUACAUUGCACCAUUAGGUUUAUCUAAUAUCUAUUCUACCUGCAACGCCCUCUGGUGGGGGGGGGGGGGGGGGGACACAAAAGAGGAGGAAAAAAAUACAGGUGGCCCAUAGCAUUCAGAAUUGUGAUCUUUUCAAUUAUUUAGAAUUAUAGUGUAAUUUACUAUAACUGUGUAUAAUUUGUUAUGUAAUACAGAUAGUGUAGUUUUCCUCAUAAAAAAAGGUUAAAUAAUGUAUUUUUUCAAGUUUCAAGUGGAAAAUAUGUUAUAUAUUUAUAUAUUGGGGGUGAUAUAACUAUAUUAAAUAAAAUUCUUAGGAACAAAAUAUCUGGCUAUUGAAUGUAUGUGCUAGGUACUGUUGUAGUCUCUAUACAAUUUUGAACGGUAUAAGCAAGUGGAAUAUCUCUGCCAUUUACCCAAAUUAGGAUGCCACUUUGGUCAAGGUUUAAUGAUCAGUACAGAGGUAAUUCAUUUGCCUAGAGCUCUUCAGAAUGCCAUCUUUACCCAUGGAUGGAGCUGAGAAACACUUACAGUAAUUACCAGCAUGACAAUUCUCCAGUCACACUGUAAUGAAGUGAAUACGGUCCUCAAGAGCGAGUGCAAUGAAACCAAAGUGUUAUUAAAACAUAAAGCACUGACACAUGUAUAUUGAAAGUCUUCAAUCCUAUGUCCAGCCUGCAUCCAGAUGUCUGUCACACUUAAGCAUGAUACUGUCUCUGAUGAUCGACUGAAAGCUGUGUGUCUCUGUGUAAGGUAGUUUUAUAAGUUCAUUUUCAUUCAGUAUAUACAUGGCCUAGCCACUCUUAAUAGCACACGUCUAACCAGAUUGGAUUUGUCUUUGCCCUGGUGUGGGGCAUGUUGUCUUGGUACACCGUGUGCGGGAAUGAUUUAAAUCUGAUUGUGCAUAUUUGGGAUAAACAUGAACGGCACAUGCGUUGGCACAAUCCUCUGCUUACCUCCUCUGAACCUGUUGUGUGAUUGUCAUGGAUAGGUUUGUAGGUGAUGUCAGAAGAGACACACACGGGACUGGGGUAUGGAAGCGCUGAUGCGCACGUUUAUUAAUUAAAUAAAAGGAGGGAACAAACAAAACACUCCAAAACAAAAGGUCUCUGAACAAACAACCGUGUUCAGCCAGAGCUGCAGGUUUUUAUACAUGCGAUCAUCUCCAGAAUAGUAAUACAUGAAUCAUCUGGAGACGGCCACAUUCUGCACGAGUUUAGCACGGAAGGGGAAUUUUAACCCCAUCCAUAAUGUAACAAUAAAGCAUUGCGUUUUUAAACACUAAACAAUACAUUUAAAAUAUAACCUCAAAAUACACACCGAGGCAGGGUGUAUCCUGUCACAGUGAUAUAUUAAUAUGAUAUUCAUGCCAAAAAUGUUUGCGUUUUUUUUCAUAUGCAAAAAAAAAUCA